UUUACAGAUUUUACGUUUUAACACCAGGAAACUCAAUUUGGGAUACUUUUCAGAUGUGCUUAUUUUUUCUCGAGUUUUUUUCCAACCAGUGUGUCAGCGUUUCUGCGGUUGUGCAGGCGCCGAUUUGCUACUUUUUUUUCCUUUUCAAAAAGUUGCUGCCUAACUUUUUUUGUGUGUGUUUGGUCCACCCUUGUCCCCUCCCACACACACACACACACACACACACUUCAGUGGAACGGGAUCCUCACAUUUGGUUCUCAGAGGCUCAGGGAGAAAGGGAACCGCUCCUCGUCCCGCAGAAAGUUGAAACAACUUUUUUUUUGUUUGUGGAAAGUUUAUACUGUUGCCCCUCGGAGUGAGUGAACGAGUCCGGGGCCCAAUGUGAAUCUCUCGCUGGCCCGGAGAGGGAGGAAUACUGUAUGUAUUUAUGAAUUAAAGAACCUGCGAUCCGUCUUGAGAGAAAGACAGAGAGAGAGAGAGAAAAAAUGCGAGGAGCGUGUCUGCUGUUUCUUUGCAUAUGGGCCAACAACUCUCUGUCUCAGUCCACCGAGCAUCCAGCCACAGAAGACGUGGGCUUCCUGCAGGAUCCGGAGGGCAUCGUAUCCUCCCAGGGGAAGCAGGUGAAGCUGCGUUGCUCCAUCAAGGUGUCGGAUGAGCUCCCCACAAUAACCUGGCAGCGAGACGGCACUCGGUACGCAGCGGAUAUCAACCAGGUGCUGCUCCCUCUCAGUGACUCCGAGUGGCUGGCCAUCAGUGAGCUGAGUAUUCCCUCCAUUCACCGUUCUGAUGUUGGGAGUUACCGAUGCGUUGCUUCAGUCAAAGGGAAAGAAAUUGUCUCCAAGGAAGCACAACUGGACACAGAAGGCCUGCCCCACUUUACAGAGGAGCCUCAGGACCUCAACGUGUUUGGGGACGCGCCCUUCAACCUCAGCUGUGGCGCGGCGGGAUCGCCCAGCGUCCAGGAGCUGGUGUGGCUGCAGGAUGGGAGUCCCGUGCUGCGCAAGGAGAAGACGGAGGCCACCUCCCCUUCCACCCUGACUGUGCAAGGACUGCGGAAGUCGGCGGCUUUCCGGUGCGAGGCCCACAAUGCCAAGGGAGUCGCCACGUCUAGGACGGCCACCAUCAGAGUUUUACCCUCUUCCCCCCCAACAAAUCUAACGGUGACGUUUGCCAUACUCCCGGGUUCUCUGGGUUAUCUCGUGGGUUGCCCGGGCGCAACCAACCAGGCCGACGGUGGCAGCAGCAGGGAGGUCUACUUUGAGGACAUCGCCGUGCCGCCGUUCAGACAUGUGAUCCGCGGCCUGGUGCCGUACACCAGCUUCAUGAUCCACCUGUCCUGUAGCACGGGCAUCGGGCGAUCCCUCUGGAGCGAGUGGGUGACGGUUGCCACCUUCGAAGGAGAGCCGGACGUGGCUCCAGAUAACGUCACCUUCCAGUACAAUGGCAGCACGCUGACGUUCCAGUGGAUGGAGCCUUCCGUAGGCCUCAACGGGGUUCUGCAGGGGUAUAAGGUGGCGUACCAGAACCAGGAUGAUGCCGAGGUGAUUGUGGACAAUGGGAUGAGAGAGAACAUCACGCUGGAGGUGUUACUGCCCGUUACCAACUUGAGCGUGCGGGUGGCAGCUUAUACUAGGGCUGGUGACGGCCCCUGGAGUCACCCCGUCUCCGUCAACCUGUUCGACCCAGAUAGCCCGAGGGAAACAAAGCACCCAGUUGGGCCGGCCGGCAGUAGGGGCUUCUCCUGGCACUGGUGGUACGUGGUGAUGGCAGGCGCGGUGGCCGCGACCUGCGCUGCUUGCGUCGCCGUGCUGGUGAUCCGUCGCAGGAAGAAGGACGCUCGCUACGGAGAGGCGUUCAAGCCCAUGAUCGACAAAGGGGAGCUGGUGGUGCGUUACCGAGUCCGCAAAUCGUACAGCAGACGGACUACCGAGACCACCCUGAACACUCUGGGGAUCAGCGAUGACCUCAAGGAGAAACUACAAGACGUGAUGAUUGACCGGCACAAGUUAGCCCUGGGCAAGACCCUGGGAGAGGGGGAGUUUGGCUCGGUGAUGGAAGGACAACUAAACCAGGACGACUAUUUUCUCAAAGUUGCCGUGAAGACCAUGAAAAUUGCCAUCUGUACACGGACCGAAAUGGAGGACUUCCUCCGAGAAGCCGUCUGCAUGAAGGAGUUUGACCACCCCAACGUCAUGCGUCUACUGGGGGUGUGUCUCCAGAACAACGAGAAUGAGGGCUACCCCUCCCCCGUGGUCAUCCUGCCCUUCAUGAAGCACGGAGAUCUCCACAGCUUCCUGCUCUACUCUCGGCUGGGCGAGAACCCUGUGUACCUACCGAUGCAGACACUGAUUAAGUUCAUGGUCGACGUGGCCCGGGGCAUGGAGUACCUCAGCAACAAGAACUUCAUCCACAGGGACUUGGCUGCCCGCAACUGCAUGUUGAAUGAAAACAUGAAUGUGUGUGUGGCUGACUUUGGGCUCUCCAAAAAGAUUUACAACGGCGAUUACUAUCGGCAGGGCCGGAUCUCGAAGAUGCCGGUGAAGUGGAUCGCCAUCGAGAGCCUGGCCGACCGGGUGUAUACCAGCAAGAGUGAUGUGUGGUCGUAUGGGGUCACCAUGUGGGAGAUUGCCACCCGUGGUCAGACCCCGUAUCCCGGCGUUGAGAACAGCGAGAUCUACGACUACUUGCGGCAGGGCAAUCGUUUGAAGCAGCCGCCCGACUGCCUCGAUGCGCUAUAUGAACUGAUGUAUUACUGCUGGCAACUCAACCCCAGAGAGCGGCCCACCUUCGAGAUCAUCUGCUGCCAGCUGGAGAAGAUUCUAGAAGACCUGCCGCCCCCCACGGACCCGGAGGAGAUCCUGUAUAUCAACAUGGAGGACGGGUACGGGAGGCGGGACAGCGGCUGUGAGCAAGGGGCGGUGGGAGGUCGUGACCUGGAGGAGUGCCUGAAGGAGUCGGACCUGCUGUUCUCCAAAGGCCCCACUGCCACCACCUUGGCCGACGUCCACCAGGCGGACGCCAUUGACCGCUACGUCCUCUGCCCGCCCGCCGAGACCGCCCGCCUCAUGGCCAUGGCCUCGCUGCCCGUCCCCGGCGACCAGUGCUCGCCCGGCGAGGACCUCCUGCUGAUGGAGGCGAGCGGGAAGGAGCUCAAGCAGGCGCGGAGGCUCCCUCUGCAUCUACAGGGGCUGCCCCGACCCCCUCAUUCACCCCAUCCCCCCUCAAGCGGUGGCUGCCAGCAGACUCUUUGCCACUUGGACCUGAAUGGGACGCGGAACAACCUCCUGGCACAGGAGCCUCAGCAACUAGGCCCCGUUGUCAUGGACAACUGAUCCAAUGAACCGUGUUCCCAAAUCCAAUCCAGUGGAUGCAAAAUCCGCUCGCAUUCCGUGAAUUCCGCUUGUCUUACGCUUGUCUUCCAUUUCCUCGUGGGCGGAGCUGAAGGGACCAGGAGUCUCCAGUAUCUUUCUCCAGGGUCCACCAUCCACCAGGAGCUAAUGUCUUCUCUCUCCUCCAUCAUUGCCUCUAUGCCCAGGACCCUGGAUGCCCACCAUCUACACGCCUCGUAGACAUUUUUUCCAAGGCCUAGUCAGGCAUCUAACGUUGGAAUGUGUAUAACGUUGGAAUGUGAACUCCUGAGGUGAAAGGUCAAAGGGUUAAGAGUUUGGGGGGGAGGGGGGAAUCUUGGGUCUAUGAACCUUGCUCCUGGCUUGAUAGCUUUUCUACAUGGCAAUGGGAAGCAUCAAUAUAUGAGGAUUUAUAGAGAGGGCAACAGAUGAGAAUUUCCUCAAAAUGAAUCCUUUCCUUAAAAUAUUUAUAAUAUGACUGAGAACGACAGGGAUAAGCCUUUUGUACUGCAUGGAACAUAGACAAUAGACAAUGGGUGCAGGAGUAGGCCAUUUGGCCCUUCGAGCGAGCACCGCCACUCAACAUGGAACAGUACGGCAUAAGAACAGGCCCUUCGGCCCAUAAUGUCUGUGCUGAACACAGUGCCAAGACCAUCUGUGUUCCUUACCUGUACGUGAUCCAUGCCCUCUCCAUUCCCUGCAUAUCCAUGUGCCCAUCCAAAAGACUCUUAAAGGCCACUAUCGUAUCUGCCUCAACCACCAAUUCUUGCAGUAUGUUCCAGACAUUCGCCUUUCUCUGUGUAUAAAAAUAUGGCUGUGAACUGGAGCCAGACCAGGGCACCUUAGUUCUGUGUAAAUGUUAGUUGUCGAGCAUCAUCCCGAACCUCCCACCUUGGGUGAACUCCACCUUUGCCACCUUUCACCUGAUGGACAAUAGACAAUAGGUGCAGGAGGAGGCCAUUCGGCCCUUCGAGCCAGCACCGCUAUUCAAUGUGAUCAUGGCUGAUCAUCCACAAUCAGUACCCCGUUCCUACCUUCUCCCCAUAUCCCCUGACUCCGCUAUCUUUAAGAGCCCUAUCUAGCUCUCUCUUGAAAGCAUCCAGAGAACCUCCCUCCACUGCCCUCUGAGGCAGAGAAUUCCACAGACUCACCACUCUCUGUGAGAAAAAGUGUUUCCUCGUCUCCGUUCCAAAUGGCUUACCCCUUAUUCUUAAACUGUGUGGCCCCUGGUUCUGGACUCCCCCAACAUCGGGAACAUGUUUCCUGCCUCUAGCGUGUCCAAACCCUUAACAAUCUUAUAUGUUUCAUUGAGAUUCUCUCUCAUCCUUCAAAACUCCAGAGUGUACAAGCCCAGCUGCUCCAUUCUCUCAGCAUAUGACAGUCCCGCCAUCCCGGGAAUUAACCUUGUAAACCUACGCUGCACUCCCUCAAUAGCAAGAAUGUCCUUCCACAAAUUAUUGACAUCAUCCAAUAAGGUACCCUUCUUUUGCAACUGCGAUACAGUUGGCUAUCCCUCCAUGGAAGUGAUUUCCGCAUUACAAUGAACACAUGGACAUCGGUCUAACUAGUAUACUGCCACGUGUACCGAGGUGCAGUGAAAAGCUUUUGUUGCGUGCUAACCAGUCAGCGGAAAGACAAUCCACGAUUACAAUCGAGCCGUCCACAGUGUACAGAUACAUGAAGAAGGGAAUAAAGUUUAGUGCAAGAUAAAGUCCAUUAUGGUCCGAUUAGAGAUAGUCUGAGUGUCUCCAAUGAGGUAGAUCGUAGCUCAGGACUGCUCUCUAGUUGUUGGUGGGAUGGUUCAGUUGCCUGAUAACAGCUGGGAAGAAACUGUCCCUGAAUCUGGAGGUGUGUGCAUUUGUUUUCACACUUCUGUACCUCUUGCCUAAUGGGAGAGGGGAGAAGAGGGAGUGGCCGGGAUGCGACUGGUCCUUGAUGAUGCCGAAGCAACAUGAAGUGUAGAUGGAGUCAAUGGAAGGGAGGCUGGUUUGUGUGAUUGUCUGCAAUUCUCUGCGAUUUUUUUGUGGUCUUGGAUGAAACCGUUCCCAAACCGUGCUGUGUGAUGCAUCCCGAUAAGAUGCCUGGGGCGAGACUGAUCCUUGAUUAAAUCUCUCCCGGAGGUUGCUACUGUGAGAAUUUUGAGCACUUUGCACCAGUCUCCAAGGCUGGAAAGGUACAGACACUGCGAUCCCUUCCCCUGCUGUGCACGCUACACUGUAGGUUCACACACAAUUAGAAGAGAUGGUGAACUUGUAGACUGGUACAAUUGUCAGUGCACUGGAUACACUGCUUCAGGGAUUUAACAAUGAUUCUAUAGAUCAAUGCCACAGAUUAAUUUGGGCCUCUUCCUACUUAUUGGCCUGUUGAACAUACGAUACCAUACGAUAGAACAUUAUUUAUCCCAGGAGGAAAAUUGUACAGUUUGAUAGCCACAGGGAAGAAGGAUCUCCUGUGGCUUUCUGUGCUGCAUCUUGGUGGAACCAGUCUGUAGCUGAAGGUUAACACAAAAAGCUGGAGUAACUCAGCGGGACAGGCAGCAUCUCUGGAGAGAAGGAAUGGGUGACGUUUCGGGUCGAGACCCUUCUUGAGACCGAUGUCAGGGGAGGGGACGGGCCAAAGAUAGAAUGUAGGCGGAGACAGUAAGACUAGUGGGAGAACUGGGAAGGGGGAGGGGAUGGAGAGAGAGAGGGGGAAAGCAAGUGGCUAUCUGAAGUUAGAGAAGUCAAUGUCCAUACCGCUGGGGUGUAAACUACCCAAGCGGAAUAUGAGGUGCUGCUCCUCCAAUUUGCGCUGGGUUUCACUCUGACAAUGGAGGAGGCCCAGGACAGAAAGGUCAAAUUGGGAAAUGGGAGGGGGAGUUGAAGUGCUGGGCCAUCGGGAGAUGAGGUGGGUUAAGGCGGACUGAGCGGAGGUGUUGGGCGAAACGAUCGCCAAGCCUGCGCUUGGUCUCGCCGAUGUAGAGAAGUUGACACCUGGAAGAGCGGAUGCAGUAGAGGUACUCCUCUGGUUUUCCUCUGCCCUCUCCUUUGAUUCUGUGCUACCCACCCACACCAUUAGUAACCAAUGACCCCACCAGCGUGUCAUGGGAAGAAACCAGAGCACCGAGAGGGAGUCCGCAGAGUGCCGGAUGUAUCAAUUUUCACGGGUACCUGCCGUUAGCGCCACGAGUCGCUAAGUUGCGUCCACGAGGUCCGACGUUCCCGCUACGUUAAUUAUACGUGAUUACCACGAGUUAAAUUUGUUUUAAAGUUGGGGUACCUCAUGGGUCAACUCGUACCAUGAGACGUGUUGUUCCUGCGUAUCAGUUCCACUCCAUCAAUCCUAAGAUGGUUCUUUCUCGGUGCUUGCGAUGGAUACCAGACCCCUCACACCCCACCUCGUAGCUUAGCUCAAAG